CUGUGAAAAGAAACUUCACAGGUGGUUAAUCAAACAAGGAGGCUGUUGUACUAUAAUCUUUCCCUUCAAAGGGGCAAUUAUGUGUGUCAAAGAUGUUUGAUCUCAGGACGAAGAUUAUGAUCGGCAUUGGAAGCAGCUUACUGAUUGCCACGAUUGUGCUGACAAGCAUUGUUCUCUGUCUUUACAUCAAAGUAUACAAAGCACUAAAAGCUGCAAGGGAACCUGAAGUUGUGUUUGUAAAAGGUAAUAAUCUAGCCAAGUUGUGCUGGAUCAAGAACGCCCACGCCAAACCUGCCACCACUGAGUCUUUUCCCACGCUCCAGUGCUGUGAUGGAUGCCGAGUGUAUGCAGAUUUUGACCCCCUGCCACCUUGCUGCUGUGACAUAACUGAGGGACUCUAAUUUGGGAAAAGUGGGUAUGAAAAUCUGCAUGAGCAGUACUUCUUUCUUAGUGGAAUGUUUUAUUAUUCAAAUCAAGUUCUAGAGUGUUUACAUGAUAUUAUAUAAUGAACAAUGUUAUUUUAUAUACUUUUGAAUAAACG